AUGGAUCGAACUUUGGGCUUGAAAAUUCAGUUGAAUUAUAUUCAAAACGGUUUUGUUGAUUUGUAUUCUGUCAAAUUUCCGUAUCGAAUAAAUACAAACAUUGAUUAUGUGGAAUAUUCAUGGAACACAAAACUUCUUCACCGACCGGUGCAAUAUUCGAUUCGAGUAGUACCUCAUGAUAGUUCCAUACUUUCAUUACUUCAGAUUCCUUCCAUAGGAAUACUUCCACUGAACGUUGAAACAUUUGAAAUUGCGUAUCGAUGUAUAGGAAUCAAAGCAGGCAAAUUUGAUCUUCACGUCAAUUUUAACUUCACUUGGCCAUCUUCUGCUAAUCAAACCAAAGUUACAUUAAAGCAAGAAAAAUUGUGCGCAAAUCGAGAAAUUCGUCUUGCAUACGGUUUUUGUUUAAUUCACCUAUUUCGUGAAUAA